CUAACACAGUAUCAAUACAACUAAAUUCGAAUAUUUUUAAAAUAAUAAUUAUACUACUUUUAUAAAAUUAAUAAUUUAAUUUUAUUUUUAAAAAAAUUUUUCAAUUUUUUAUUUCUUUGUACCACUAUUCACUAUAACACUACUUUAUAAUAACAAUAAAAUCUAUAUAGUUUAUUAGUAUUGGUUUAAUAAAUUAUAAAUAUACUAAUAGUUAUCAUAAUAAUAAUUUACAAUUAAAGAAAUAAUAAUAUUAUAAAUAAUUUUAAUAAUCAUAAUAUAGAAAUUAAACAAUGGAGCCAAUCGAUGAUAGAAUUAUGGUAACUGGUGGAGCUGGCUAUAUCGGAAGCCAUACAGUUAUCGAAUUAAUAGAAGCUGGAUAUACACCAAUUGUUGUAGAUAAUUUAAGCAAUUCAUCAUUGGAAAGUUUAAAACGUGUUGAAGAAAUUACUGGUAAAGAAGUAGAGUUCCACAAUGUCGAUAUUUUAGAUGAAAAAGCAUUGGAUGAAAUUUUUGAAACUAGAAAUAUUUCAAGUGUUAUACAUUUUGCUGGUUUGAAAGCAGUUGGAGAAUCAAAUAAAAUUCCAUUAAAAUACUAUAAUAACAAUAUCACCGGCACUCUUAAUUUAUUAAAUUUAAUGGAUAAGCAUCGUGUUAAAAAGAUUGUAUUCUCAUCAUCAGCAACAGUAUAUGGUGAUCCACACACAGUUCCAAUUACCGAAGAAUUCCCAUUAUCUGCCACCAAUCCAUAUGGACGUACUAAAUUAUAUGUUGAAGGUGUUCUUCAAGAUCUUGCUGCCAGUGACCCAGAAUGGAGUUGCAUUUUAUUAAGAUACUUCAAUCCAGUCGGUGCUCACCCAUCAGGAAAAAUUGGAGAGGAUCCAAAAGAUAUUCCAAAUAAUCUUAUGCCCUAUGUAACCCAAACUGCAAUUGGUAAAAGAGAAGUUUUAAGUAUUUUUGGCAAUGACUAUAACACACAUGAUGGUACUGGUGUUAGAGAUUAUAUUCAUGUUGUAGAUUUAGCAAAAGGUCAUAUUGCUGCUUUAAGACAAAUUCAUAAUAAAAAGGGUUGUGUUGCAUAUAAUCUUGGAACAGGUCAUGGAUAUUCAGUAUUGGACAUGGUUGAAGCAUUAAAGAAAGCUUCACAUAGAGAUAUACCUUAUCAAUUUGUUAGCAGAAGAAAGGGCGAUGUUGGUAGUUGUUUUGCUGACCCAUCAAAAGCAUUAAAAGAAUUAAACUGGAAAGCAACCCACAAUCAAGAUGACAUGUGCAGAGACGCCUGGAAUUGGCAAUCACAAAAUCCAAAUGGUUACCGUGAUUGAUUAGAUUUAUAAAAAAUAAUUAUUUUUUUUUAAAGUUUAGAGUUUUUUUUUUUUAUUUUAAUAAUUAGGUUUAAAAUACAUAUCUAUUAUUUCAUCAAUAAUAUAAUAUAGUAGUCAUCUUUUUUUAAAUAACAUAGAUUAAAAAUAAUAAUAGAUAAAUAAAAUUUUUUAAAUU